UUUUGGUCAACAUGGAUCACCAACCGCACCUGCCAAGAUCAGAAGCUCUCUCCACAGUAACAUCUACUCAGCCCAAAGAUGCUUCGUCUUGCUUCUGGCCCAAAAUGGCUUUUUGGAUAUUGCUGAUAGCAAGCAUUGCCCUGAAGUGCACAGUGAUCAUUCUGAUCUUUUCAGGUUCUCAGGUUCCUAGUGAGGGAGUCAAGGCAAAAAGGCAAGGGAUCCAAAGUUGUCGGCAGAAAUGUAUUCCUUGUGGAUCAGCGAAAGACCACAUAACAGCAAAUCUGACUCUGGAUCCAAGCACAGCUCACCCCCAGCUCUACGUAUCUCCUGAUUUGAAAAGAGUGAGAUGGAAAGACAUGAAACAGCAAGUGAACAGCAGUCCUCUGAGAUACGACCUCAUGGCCAGUGUCCUCAGCCACGAGAGCUUUGCCUCUGGGAAGCUUUGCUGGGAGGUGGAAGUGGUGGAGGGGGGAGAGUGGUGGGCGGUGGGAAUAGUUCGGGAGACGGCAAACAGAAAUGACAAAAUUGUCCUCGACCCUAGUGGGGGUUACUGGGGAGUGCAGCGAAUUGAAGGACGGUAUGAGGCGAUCACCCAUCCCAGGACAAAUUUGACAUUGUGCCAUCCCCCGAGAAGGAUCCGAGUUUCUUUGGACUAUUCACAAGGCCUUGUGUCAUUUUUUGACGGCGAUACAAAUGCUGAAAUCUUUGCCUUUCCGAAAGCAAAUUUUGCUGGAGAGAAGAUUCAUGCUUGGUUCUUGAUCUAUAAGUGGAAUGGGCAGCUUGUCCUCCAUCCAUGA